AUGCCUCUCGAUACCUCUACCACAUAUCCUUUGACCCGGCUGCGCCUGGACGGUCGGCGAUGGAACGAACUGCGCCUGCUGCAAGCCCAGAUCUCGACCAACCCCGCUAGUUCUGGGUCCUCAUACCUAUCCAUGGGCAAUACAUCAAUCAUGUGCUCCGUUCACGGUCCCGCGGAAGGCCGCCGAGGUGACUCUGGAGGAAGUCCUGGAGCUGUAGUUGAAGUGGACGUCAAUGUCGCAGGAUUUGCUGGCGUGGAUCGCAGACGGAGAGGUGGAGGAAGCGACAAGACAUCAUCUCGCAUUGCAGUUAUCCUCCGUUCUGCCUUCCAAUCGCAUCUACACACUUAUCUCUACCCGCACAGUACCAUCAGCAUUCAUGUCUCCGUUCUUUCCGCUGAUGGAUCCGUGCUCGCCGCCGCAAUCAAUGCUUGCACAUUGGCUUUGGUCGAUGCAGGUAUCCCCAUGCCUGGUCUACUUUGCGGCUGCACAGCCGGCAUGAGUGGAAGCGCCUCGACCCCCAAGGAUCCCCGACAUGAUGAACUCGACCCUCUCCUGGAUCUGUCUCUGCCCGAAGAACAAGAACUACCUUUGUUGACUAUUGGAACUACGACUGUAGUUCCCGUGGGUGAAAACAAUAUGGACGACGAGGAAGAGAGCACUGUGGCUCUGUUGACUAUGGACUCCAAGAUUCACAGUACUUACACUGAGACGAUGGUUGCUGUAGGUAUCGAUGGAUGUAGCCAGAUUCGUGAGAUAUUGGAAGGAGUGAUUAAAGGAUCGGCCCGGGCAUGA